UGGGAUAUGGCAGUGAAUUUAUAGGGUACAGAGGAAUAACAUUUGAGUCCUCAAGAAUGGCAACGCAUGGAGGUAUCAUGGGCGAAAUAGUAUACUCUGUUAUGUCCAUGAGCAGUAGCUCAUAUCUAUAGGCGACGCUUACCAUUUUCCAUCAGGUGGGCCGUCAGCUUGUUUGUUAUUUUAAGUUGCAUAAAAAAGAUGUAAAUCAGGUGAGGCGCAGGCGAUAUUAACAUUUUUUCUGUAACAACAAAUACAUCUACCGACACUUAUUACAGAGUAUGGUUCUUGCGUGCAGAUGGAGAGAUAUCUAAUGAAAUACAUUUUGCGAACUCAAAAUGUUUUGCGACAUAAAGUUAUAAUUUGGUAAAAAUUAGGUGAUAAUUGUAACAAAGGGAUUGAAAUAAUUUACAAAACACGUUCGUUAUCUAAAGUGUAGUUACUUGCUGGCAUUGCUGUUAAUUUGCUGGUGUUGAGUGGUGGCUUGAGCAUAGGUUACAGCGCCACCCUGUUGCCACAACUCAAGAAUGACGUCUCGUACUCGCAUGAUUCUAGCUACGAUUCAUGGAUUGCUUCCUUGACACCGUUAUCCAUGGCAUUGGGCUGCUUAUGUUGCGGAUCGUUUAUCGAUAGAUUUGGUAGAAAAAUGGGUUUGGUCAUUUGUAUCGUACCUUCUUUAAUGGGAUGGCUCAUGCUUGGAUUUACCAACAAUAUCGUUUGGACACUAUUAGGAAGAUUCUUCGCCGGAUUCUGCAGCGGAGCCUACAGACCAAUGGGUCUUGUAUAUCUCAGUGAAAUUACAGAUCCAAAGCGCAGAGCUAUAGCGCUUCUCUCAACGUCCGUGUCAUCAAAUUUCGGAGUACUUUGCAGUCACGUAAUUGGAUCAAAUCUAUAUUGGAGAACAGCCGCUUUUAUAUUUGGUUUACCAAACAUAUUGUCAUUCGUACUAUUUAUUACUUUAAAAGAAAGCCCUCUAUGGUUGAUAUCUAAAGGGAAAACUGAUAAGGGAGAAGAAAUUUUCAAAUGGUUCAGAGAAAAAAGUGAAACAUCAGAGAAGGAACUACGAAGUGCUAUGAACAAAUAUGAGGACAUAUCACCGCAUAUGUCUUUGAGGGAAUUAUUUAGAAUAUUACGUAGCAAAAUGUUUAUAAAGCCUUUGGCAAUAACAACAUUGCUUGUUGCUUCAACGCAAUUGUCAAACGUGAAUACUAUAUGUUACUAUGCUCUUGAUAUUUUUGGAAAUACAUUCCCUGAAAAUAUCGACAGUGCCUUGGUGAUGGUUAUAUUCGAUUGUUUAAGGGUCGGGUGCAGCAUUACGACUAUCGUUUUCUCUAAAUGUUUACCUCGUCGGUCCACUUUUUUGAUCUGUGGCUUCGGAACUACUGCGUUCCUUGUUGGACUUGUAUUUUACAUGUCUUUUGAUACGUCUAAUUUAGUUUGGUUAGGUAUGACAUGUUUAAUUCUUUAUAUAUGCUCAGCUAGUAUAAUGGUGACUACGGCUUGGUCGUUUGUUAGUGAAUUAUUCCCCGGUACAGUUCGCGGCUUGGGAUCAGCGAUGAGUAGCUUCAUUUUGUUUAUUUUACAAUUUAUUUGCGUCAAAAUAACACCGGACUUUAUGAAUACAUACGGUAUGCCUGCUAUUUACGCUGGCAGUGCUAUUGUAGUUUUUGUUUGUACAUUAAUUUUAUGUUUCAUAUUGCCAGAGACAAAUGGAAAAAGUUUACAAGAAAUCGAGGAUGGUAUAGAGAGUAGAAAAUAAAUAACUUUUUUUUUUAAUAAUUGAAUAAAAUUUAUGAAGCUAUUGCUUUGUAAAGUAAUGAAUAUACAAAAUUUAAUAAGUUGGAAACUAAAUCCUUUCAUACUUAGUAAGAAGUCAGGAUUUUUUCAGAGAAAUUGCUUCAUCAUUAUCAUUAUCGAUAUUUCCAAAGACUUUAUAUCAUUGCUUUGUAUAUUUGUAAGUAGAUAAUAAAAUAUUAUUGUGAUAUUAUUACUAUGUAAUUAUUACAUUUAAUUUUUAAUAAAAACAUUAUUUUAUUUUCCAGUGUAUUUUCAUGUUUACUUUUUAUUUUUUUUAUUUAUUAACUUGAUUUGUCAGUACCCAUCAUAAUUUAAAAAUAUUUGAACUAUUUUGAGUCGUAAUACAAUAAUAGUAGGUAGUAAUUUAUAUUUUAAUGAAUAACUCGUCUUGACCUAAUUAUUUUUCUAGAACCGAGUAAAUAAUUUCUGCCAUUAUUGAUAGUAAAAAAAGUGUAUUUAAAAUGAAAAUAAACACUGAUUUUGUAUUAAUUUAACAUCAAUUAAUUAUUAAUAUUGACCUACUUUUCAUACAAUAAUGAAAUAAAUGUUUUUUAAUUAUUUACAAGGCGAUAUGCGUAGGCCAACAAUAUCUUACAAAGUAUUCCAAAUUUAUAAUCUAUAAGAUUCAGUAGGUGCGCUGUGAUAGACGGAUGAACUUUGUUAUUUUGUCCGUAUGUUUACCAUACCAUAUUAACUGUUUCCUGUCCAUUGCUGAACGUAGGGCUCCACAGGGCAUAGACCCUAUUAAGGAGUUUUGUCAGUGGUAGACAGGUUGGCAACCGCAGUGACGUUUUGGUGAUGUUUUUGGGAAGGACGCCGCUGUUUAUCUCCCAACCUUUAAAUUCUCUUAGUCGCCUUUUAUGACACCCUGGGGAAAGGAAGAGGUGGCCCAUACUAUGAUGGGGCCUUAAUUGUCCGUGUGUUUGGUACACUUAAAUUGAAAAAUUGUAAUGAAAUUAUGUACCGUUGAAUUUUUAAAUAAAACUUUGUAAUUUAGUUUAAGGUAACAUAUAAUUUAAAAUGCAAUAAAACAUAUAAUGUA